AUGAAGCAAAGCUGGAAGAACUGCGUAAAAAGCACAGAAAUAUUACCGUCGUUGUCGCUGACGUCACGUCAUCUGAGUCCAGUUUAUCGUCACUCUUGGCACCGCAUCAACCUUUCCAUCUUCUGGUUAACAACGCCGGAGUGGGCAAUGCUUGAGCCAUGUCUUAGCAUCAGUGAGGAAGCCAUGAACAAACAAUUUGAUGUCAACUUAAAAGCUCCGAUUGUUCUGGCCAAAAUCGUUGCCAACGAGAUGGUUCGGCAUUCAGUUCGUGGUGCUAUUGUCAACAUUUCAUCACAGGCAUCUAUGCGACCAAUAGAUCAGCAUACUGUUUACUGUGCGAGCAAAGCAGGCCUGGAUAUGGCAACGAGGUGCCUCGCAAAAGAGUUAGGAGAGCACGGAAUCCGAGUGAACUGUGUGAAUCCCACUGUGGUGAUGACCGAAAUGGGAAAAACGGUAAAAUUCGUCGUUGUCAAAAAA